AUGAAUUUUAGAGGCCAACACCCUUGGGCACUAGGAGGUACGGCCCUGCUUGCUGUUGCCAUAUUUGCCUACCGUUGGACCCACCCCAAACUCAUCAGCAACACCUCAGACCUACCAAAGAAGAGUCUAGAUAGAUUCCUCAGGCUUCGUGGUACAUCAGCUGCAGAGAGUCACGACCCUCCUCUGCUCCAAAAGCAUUCCACCUUUGAGUCCUACACCACUUCAUAUGCCACCUAUCCUUCUGUACGGACCUUCUAUCAUCCUCAUCCACAAGCGGAGAAGCUUCCUCAAGACUCUCAACCACUUCCAUUACUCGUCUUCCUACACGGUCUAGGAGGAUCUUUGGCGCAAUUUGCCCCAAUUCUAGGAAGCUUGGUCAACAUCGCACCAUGUCUAGGCAUCGAUCUUCCGGGUAGCGGUCUCUCCAAGUUUGAUCCACAAUCAUGGGAUGCUUAUUCUGUGGAAGCGAUGGCUACACUUGUAGCCCGUGUCAUUGACAAGUACAGGGUUGAAUAUGGGCACAAGGAUGUGGUCCUGAUUGGACAUAGCAUGGGUUGCUCAGUUGGCGCUCUUCUUGCCUCUACCACAUCGCCAGUUAAACCUAGACCGCAAGAUAUUGUAGGAUUAGUUGCAAUAUGUCCAAAAGGGACGCCGCCCAGCAGGAAAGAAACGUGGUAUUUCAGAAAGGUACUGGGCACGCCUGAGCUCCUACUCAAUCUUGUCCGUUGGUUCGAUAAGCGCGGUGGGAUCAAUAGUCGAAGCGUGACCCGUUUCGUUGGAGAAGCUGCGGGACCAGAUCUACGGAGGCUUCAGCUGCGAUACAACUCCUCUUUCCCAACCCCAGUCUGGAGACGCAUGGCUUGGGGAUUGCUUCCGGUCUACGACGAGCUGGACCACGCCCAGGGUGGAAUGCCUGGCCGUUCGGUAUGGGCGGGGAUCAAGGUUCCCCUUUUUCUAGCAGCAGGACAAUCUGACACCGUCACAAAGCCGGAAGAAAUUUCAAGUAUUGUUUCCUUCCUCAAAGAUGCCUCGACCAAUGACCUUUCCACAAGUUCAGUCAGCAAUGCUCUACCGGUAGAGGCUGAUGCGGGUGGCAGUAAUGCUGAAGAGAACGACGAUCCCCACGCAGACGACUCUGGGUUUGGCGUUCAGCCAUGUACGACAGAGUUGAAGAGUCAGCAUUGCACUGUGAUCAAAACAGCCAUCCUCCCGGCGCCUGCCUCACAUGCUCUCCUGUAUGAUCAUGCCACUUACCGGACGUUGGCAGGGCUUAUAGAAGAUUUCCUCUCUCACCAUGUUUCGCAUCGUCUGAACUUGGGCUGGCAGUUGCAACAGUUGACGACCUCUGGGAAGUGGGAUGUGAAGAACUUGAAGAAAUGGCAAGGUGUAGAACCAAUUUCGAAACCUAUCGCAGAGGGCAUUCUGCGAGGGAUGAAAACAUUAAGAGAUCAGGACGAAGAACACACCCCUGCUAUUUUUGCAAAGAGAUGGAGGGGGAAAAUCUUUGCUAUCGUUGAUAUCAGUCACGACAGUCCGGUAUAUGAUCCGAGAGUGCUCGAGCAAAAUGGCAUCCAGUACCACAAAUUCCCAACCGUCAGCAAAAUUCCUCCGACCGUUGAAGAAGUGCGAGACUUCAUUUCUCUGGUUGACAGACUCCGCUCUGAAAUACACCAGAAAUAUCCCCAAUUGAAGGAGGGUCCUCUUGCAAUUGCGGUUCAUUGUCAUUAUGGAUACAAUAGGACCGGGUUUUUUAUCGUUUCUUACCUGAUCGAGAAAGAGGGUUAUCGUGUCCAAGACGCAAUAGACGAAUUCGAGAGAAAACGUCCUCCGGGAAUCAAACAUGAACAUUUCAUUGACACUUUGUUUGUCCGAUAUUGUGUAGGCCUCAAGAGAGCGCCCACGAUUAAUGGUACAGAGUGA